CAAUUCCGCUGUUUGUUCUAGUGAUUGAUAAUAUUUGAAAUAGAGAAAAUAUUAAUUUUUAAAAAUUAAUAUACCAUACAUUAUUUAUCUAUUUAUUUAUCUAUCCAUUAUCAAUGAGAACAGGACUUUUAAAUAAAAAUUAUUCAACAUCUAGAAUUGAUCAAAAUACUGAGCCUCCACAAAAUCCUUUAAAUCUACUUCAUGAAACAUGUGAACGAUUACUCAAUGAAUGUGCACAACGAAAUCGAAAAUCAUUAAAAUUCCGAUUUAUUGAUUUAAACUGUAAUCUACAAACUGCAAAUGUAUCACAUAAUCAUUACAAUGAAAUGAACAGUACUCCUACUUGUCACAGCAAUAUUAAUAAUAAUAACAAAUACGGCAUAUAUAAUCAAAAACUCUUCCAAUAUAAUGCCAAUAUUCAAUCAGAUGAAGAAAUUCUUGACUAUUCAAUGAAUCCGAUGAAAAGGUCUUCUUUCUCCCCUUCUUCGUCUUCUUCUCCGCCUUCUCUUCCUUCGACUUCUUCAAAUUCAAAUUCCCCAAACAAUUCAAACUUAUCAACAGAUGCCUCAAUUUCAGCACCAUCCAAUAUAUUAUUCAAUAAUUCAAUGUCCAAUUUCCCAUAUUCUUGUUUUGCUUCAUACGCUUUAAAGAUGAACAAUAAUAAUAAUAACAGUAAUAAUCUUCCUAUGCAUUCUAUGAAUGAUCUAAUACAAAAUUUAUUAUUCCAACAAAAACUUAAUGAUCCAAUAUGCUUCAUUUACUUCAACAGUAUUUAUCAAAUUUCCCAUCUUAUGGAUUAUUUGAUAGACAAGAUAUUCAGACAAAACAGAAUGCUUCCUCUUUUUCAGAUAAUUAUAAUGAAUAUUUUAAGUUAUUAACAAAUUUUAUAAAUUAUUUUUCAUUGCUUAAUAAUCUUACUACUGACAACUCUAAUAUCAGUAGUAAUACUGAUGUGAAUAUGAUUAGUCAUGGUAAACGCCUUUGAUCAAUUUUCAAUACUAUUGAACAUUUAAUGUGUGUGCACAUCUUUGUAUAUUGUUUAUAUAUUUAGGAGUUUAUUAUUUAUAAGAUUAUAAACCAUUUUGAAUUUCUUUCUGUAUUGAUUUUUAUUAUUGAUUUCUAUACUACCUACCUACCUGACCAUAUAUAUAUAUAUAUAUAUACAUAUUUAUAUGCACAGC